AUGGUCCAAGCCUACUGCGAGGCGAUCGAAGAUCUUUGUAACGGGGAAGCGGCAGCCUUCCGGUGGUCGCUGACGCUAAUCACCAAGAUUCUGACCCGCGUCAUUCUGGAAGGGUCGACGGUCGUGAUGAAGGCGAUCAACACCAAUCAGGAGUUAGCGGUUCGGCAAGCCGUGGCAGUGGCUCCACGCGGAAAGAGGGCCAUGAGGGUGCUGAGCGUCUCUGUGGGUACCCAGACGAUCUCGCCCUUGUACUGGGCCAUCGACAGUGGCAGACUCAGCUGCGCAAAGGCCAUCAUAGAGGAUUUGCUCACCAUCCGGGCCGACCGUGAUGUGUACUACUACGGCUGUGAAGCCUUGUUCACCCGCCAUCCUGAGAUUGUGCAGAAGAUGUGCAUGAGUGCUCCGAGUCUGCUGAUCGCUCUCUUGGAUGGUCUGGUUUGGCGCUCCAGGUUGACAAAAGAUGGCAGCCGCCGCGUUAACCUCUACAUCAAGCACCUGGUGCAGGACAGCGCAGGUGUGUUCAGCCCUACACUCCAAUGGCUUGUGCGGUACAAAGACCCGAAGAUCAUGAGCCAUCUCGUCGUGGCCUUGACGACGGACCUGAUCUGGAGUCGGUUCGCCGCAUUCCAGUUCCUCCGGAACAAGUUCUGGUUCGUCAUAACGCUUGGCGUCUUCUUCGUGAGCCAGUCCAUUCUGAAAGAGCAGACCGGUGUCGAAGAAUCCUUCGAGGCAAACGUGGCGCGCUUUGUGCUGCGCAUGUGGUUGUACCUGGCAAGCUUGUGUGGCCUUUGCAGCUUUGUCAGAGACGUCGCCUCUGAGAUCUAUCGCGGCAAGGUGAUGAGGAUUUCCAUCGUUGCCAUCCCGAAAUCCUUCACUGAUGUCAAGCAGGUCGGUCGACUCGCCCUGACCUGGGUCUUGAUCUUGAUGCUCUUCUUCGAGCCCAUCCUACGGUGUUCUUCCAAGUGGACGGACAGUCACAGCCAGUACUUGCUCUUCACCACACGUUGUGGAGUGGAAGAGGAGAUCCGGAUGUACUCGAUCUUCUCCGCAAUCGGCAUGGUGCUGUUCUGGCUGCUUUUGACCGACUGCACUGUCUUCUCCAUGCGGCUGUCGGCAUUCUUGCUGGUUUGCGGCUGGGUCGUUGUGGAGGUGGGCCUGUUCCUCCUGGCGCUGACGUUCCUCAUCCUGACCUUCUCCACGGCAUUGAGUUCCUUGCAGCACAACUUAGUGGAGUUUGACGGCGCAAUGACGUGGGUCAGCGCGCUGACGCAGAUGGCCUUCGGGAUGUUCCCAGCCUCGGAUUUCGACGCCACCAAGAAAGACCUGCCCAUCUUCAUUUGCCUGACCCUCUUCACGGCGCUGGCCACCGUCUUCCUCAUGAACCUCCUGAUCGCCCAGCUUGCGGAAUCCUAUAGCAGCAUGUUCGCCGACAUGACGGGCUUCGCUCGACUCAAUCGGGCUGGUGUGGUGGUGUCCGUGCUGGCAGAAGCUCGCCCGGCUCGGUUCGCAAAGUUCCUGCGCACGCUGAAUUUAGAGGACCGCCUGGAGUUCAACGAAGGCGACCUCGGCCCAGCCGGCGGCAUUCAGAUCCACGAGCCGGCGAAUGAGCACACGGUGACGGAGGACUCCAUCCUCCGAUACGGCGGCCCCACGGCGCCAUCAGUUCCGUGGCCGGAGGACGACCGCAAGGUGGAAGAGAGCGUGGAAGAGAAGCUGCAGCACGUCGAGAACCGGCUGGCGAGCAUGGAGAAGCUGCUGACCAAGAUGGCAAAAAGCAAGGGCACAGGCGACUCACCAAGCAAGGCUCCGUCGACAUGCUCGGAUAUCAGCCAGUGA